AUGGUCAGCUCCUGUUGUGGCUCCACCUGUUGUGGCCAAGGCUGUGGCUCUGGCUGUUGUGGUUCCCGCUGCUGCUGCCAGCCUUGCUGCUGCCCCUGCUGCUGCAUUUCUAGCUGCUGUCAGCCAUGCUGCUGCCGCCCCUGCUGCUGCCAGCCCUGUUGCUGCUGCCCCAGCUGCUGUACUUCUAGCUGCUGCCAACCCUGCUGCUGCCCAUGCUGCUGCCAGCCAUGCUGCCGCCCCAUCUGCUGCCAGACCACUUGCUGCAGAACCACCUGCUGCUGCCGAACCUGCUGUGGCUCUUGCUGCUGAGCUCUGCUAACCUCUCACCCCAAUCUGAAAAUGCCCAUCAUCCCCAUGCUCUCUCUCAGACAGGCACCAUAGCUUUUCUUCCACGGAUUUCAUUCAAAAAGAUCUUUUUCAGGGCAAACCAAAUCACACAUGCAUCUAUGUGAGACCGCUUCCAAUGAACACUAUCUACUCAACAUCCCACUCUCAU